GUGUGAGUAUUGGAGAAUGAUAAAGAUCAAGAGAAGAAAUAAAUCUUCCUACAUCCUCGAUAUUUGACUGCUUUCAAAUAAAUACGGACAGUAUGCAGAUAUACACUACUGGUCAUAACUCCUGGGCUGUGUGAUACUCCAUCAUGGCUUCGAUAAUUUUCCAUCAAAUUUUUACCAGAGAUAGGGCUUCAAAAACUGUGAUCGCCAGCACUGAUCCGAGCUCUAUCGACUGAGAUAGUAUAGAGUUAUCACUCAAAUACUAUAGUCUGAUCAAUUGAAAGUGGAAGUAAAAAUUUGAUUUUUUUUUCAUAUAAUUUGGGGAGAAAAAACCAAGUUCUCGCUGAGGCUUUUGGCUCCUAGUAAAAUAGUUACUGUAAUACUAUGAGCUACAAAUUUCAAUAAAAACUUGGCUUUCUUUCUUUGCAGAUAUACGAGAAAAAAUCAAACGUGUUACUUCUACUUUUAUUUGAUCAAACUAUAGUAUCAUCACCGUUUUACCUGUAAACCCAUGUUCAUAGUUUUUAUUAAAAACAAUCGAGAUGCUAGAAGUCUACGAAUAAUAAAUGCCUACUAUGUAUGCCUGUAUCGCGAAAUCAAUUAACAUUAACAAGCUAAGAAACCAUUUAGAGAUUAAAUAAGACUUCUAGCAUCUCGAUUGUUUUUCAUAAAAACUGUCAAUAUUGGUUUACAGGUAAAGAGAGGUGAAACUGGUGUUUGAAUCAUGACUCCAUACUGCCUCAGUUGAUAGAGCUCGGAUUGGUGCUGGCGAUCACAGUUUUCUAAGCUCUAUUUCUGGUAAAAAUUUGAUAGAAAAUUAUCAAAAUGGUAGGAGAGUAUUACACAUCCCGUGACUUAUGAUAAGUAGCGUAUUAUAUCUGUCAUAGUUUCAGGUACGUGAGAUUCUUCUUUCAAAAAGUAAAAAAAGGACGAAUACGUUUUAGUUAGAUAUUUGUACCUAUUGAAGUGAGAAUCAAGUCAUUAUAUACUAAGGACUAACCUUGCAAUAAAAGAACACAUCUAUAUUUCAACGAACUAUGAAGAUUAAAAAAGACGUCUUCAUGUCUAUCCACAAAAAAAAAUGAAUUUUUAACAUUGCUCGAUAUCACGCUAUGGGAUUUUUCUAAACUCUGACAUCGAACCGACUGGAUAACAAUAAGUGACUAUUUCAGGUUAUCAUCUUCUGAUGAAAAUGUAAAGGUUCUUGAGUAAAUCAUAGAAUUCAUAUGCUUAGUGUAACACUUUCUAGAUAGAAAUUUACAACUAUGCUGUGUAAUGAAGAACCGAUAAAAUUUAUAUUGAUAACGAACACUGCAACAACAUCAUGUGCAAAGCAAAAAAUUUUGUUCCUUUAAAUACAAUGCGAUACUCCUUUGAUGAAAGAAGAUGAGAGAGAUAACGCUUUCUUUCUUUUGUUUGUGGCAAGAUUACACAAGAAUGAAUGGUCGAAAAAAUGUUAUUUUGCUUUCGUUUUUCCUGCUCUUAUGUCUACCGAACCAAUUAAAUUCGGUUGAUCCUUGUGUUCACGAUGUGAAUCAAAAAGGUGUAAUAGAUUUAACCAGUGUUGGUCAUGUUGAUGGAACGCCUGCAUGGAAAAACAUAGUACCUGACCUGAGUGACAGCCACGUAUACUCAUACAAUCCAUGCCAUCCAUUCACUCAAAGCUCAUGUAAAAAUGUUGCUGCUUGUCAAACAUUUGCGUCUGACGAAAAAACAGCCUAUUCGUUGGGCACUCAAAAUAGUUUACAAUGGAAAUUUGCACCAAGUCAAGAAUACCCUACUCUGAUCUACAAAACGACAGAAAGAACAUUGCAUGUUGACUUACAAUGUUUGAGCUCGGGAGAACCUGAUAAGUUAGAAGUGCAUGGACAAGAUCCUAAAACAGGUCUCUAUAACAUGACAUUAUCAUCCAAAUGUGUAUGCUGGAAUGGUUGCAAAGAUAAGCCUAGUCCCGAUCCAAAUCCACAAAAUCGAUUGAGUAUCGGAGCAAUAUUUAUCAUUGCACUCGUGGCUCUGGUUACUAUCUAUUUGGUCGUGUUCAUAUCUUUCAACAAGCUCAAACGACAAGCAACCGGCAUCGAAAUUCUUCCACAUCGUACCUUCUGGGUCUCGUUACCUCGUUAG